AUGGACAAACUUGCAACAUUUCAGAACAAUGAUCCAAAGAGAUUAUUUGAAUUAACAAAAAAGUUAAAUGCACGUCAUUUUUUUGAAGCUUUCCUUAACGAGACUCAAUUUAAAAUUAUUGAUCAUAUUGUAUCAUUGAAUAAUUUUGAAAUUUGGACAAAUUUUCUUGAAGGUAAUUGUUAUAUAUCAUAUGUCAAGGAUAAUAAAGAUGAGAGCAAUGUCAAACUGAAACUUGAUGAAGAUGCCAAGAUUGAGAAACCUAUUCUUCAGAAAGUCGAUGACAAUGAUUCAGACCAUGGUGAAAAUAAAGAAGUACCUGAUGGUGAAGUGAACGAACCAAGAACUGAUGAACAAAAACCCAAAGAGGUUAAGAAACCGGUCAAUGAAAUAGUAGAACCCGAAGAAGCCCCAGAAGUUGCAUUUCCAGAAGGUUCUGAGAUGAGUAGAAAACUAGCUUUACAUAUUAGAUAUCUAUUGUGGGAGAAAGCAAUUGAUUUUUAUUACAACACAAAAGAACUAGAUCAAUCACUACAUGCAAUUGAAGAGGUUACUGAUGAUUAUGAGUUGAUUGAUUCUUUAGAUAAUUUGCAAGAAAAUGAAAAGGACUCAACUUCAGAGAAACAACCUGAACCAGAGAAACCAAAAGUACGAGAGGAAGAAGACGACUACGAUGAUGAUGACGACGAGGAGGAAGAUGAUGAUGGAAAAGAGAAGAAUGGUAAAAAUGAAGACACAGUCAAACAGCAAGAAAAUUCUGAAGCUUCAGACCACAUGUUGACAUUCAAUUCAGAAGAUCAACUAGUCUUGGAAAUCCCAUUGUCUGUUUUCCGAUCGAAACCGGCUCCUCAAGUUCAAGAACAACCUGACUCAGAAAAACCCCAAGCCACUUCAAAUGUAACUCAGGAAGCAAAUAAACAACCAGAAGCAAACCAUGAUGACCAGGAAAAACUUUUUAGAGAGUUUAAUAAAGUAUAUCAUAAUUUCGAAUAUGACAGAGAGACAUUACUUAAAAGACGAAAAUUAGAAAAAUCCGACAUGCAGUUGGAAGAUAAAAAGGGUGGUAAAACAAAUAAUCAUGAGAACAACAAAAAUCAUUCCCAAAUGGAUAUCAACUUAGGGGCCGGAUCCACAUCAUUACAACAUUUGCUUGCAACAAUUCAACUGAAACGUGACGCAGUUCCUUUGAAUGAUCAUGAAUUAAGAAAUCUUUUUAUGGAUGUUCGAAAAAAUCGAGGAAAAUGGGCCAACGAUGAUAGAAUAGGCCAAGAGGAGCUUUAUGAGGCCUGUGAAAAAGUGGUCACUGAGUUGAGAGGAUACACUGAACAUUCUACAUUUUUUUUGAAUAAGGUGUCCAAAAGAGAAGCUCCAAACUAUGGGUUGAUUAUUAAAAAGCCAAUGGAUUUGAAUACUGUUUUGAAGAAGCUCAAAAACUUGGCAUAUAAUUCCAAACAAGAAUUUGUUGAUGAUUUGAUGUUGAUUUGGAGCAAUUGUCUCACGUACAAUGCUGAUCCAAAACACUUCAUCAGAGCUCAUGCUAUUGCCAUGCAAAAGAAAACGGCCAAGUUGGUGCCUUCUAUUCCAAAUAUCACCAUUAGAAGUCGUGCAGAUGUCGAGAAAGAAGAAGAAGUGGAAAAUGACAAAAAAGAGGAAGAACUAAGUGGUGGCAAGUCCAUGAAAAAAGGAAGAAAGAGGCAAAGACAAGAUGAAAUCAAGGCAGAACUGGAGGCAACACAUACACCUUCCGCUGCCGGUACCCCACUCCCCAGUACUGUUAUCGACAAUGCUACUCCAGCACCAAAUGAAAAUGGUAAUGUGUCAAACGACGAAGAAGAAGAAGAAGAUGAAGACAACGACAAUAUGAAUGGUGCAGCAACAAGCAAUAAUAUCGCUGAAGAUGAAGAGGAAUUUGAUCCUAAACUACAAUCAUGGAAAAUUUUAACAGCAAAAUCAAGAGCAAAUUACUGUGCUCAGCGUGCAGAUUUGUUUGAUGACGAUGGUCAUCUUCGAACAGAAGCCCCUGCUAUUUUAAGACAAUCUAACGAAAUGGUCAAUUUCAAUCAGUAUUUAUCCAAUAAGGAAGUCAUUUCAAAGGCAACAAGCUUGUUAGAAAAUGAUGAACCUUAUUUGCUUGAGUAUGAUAUCACUGGUGGUGUACCUGGUAUGGAAUAUAAAGGUGUCGACAGAGAGGAAGAAGACAGAUAUGAAAAUAAAUUGGUUGAUAUUUACCUACAACAAGCCAAUGGUGAUGCUUCUAAGAUCAAAUCUGACUUUGUUUUGUCAACGCAGACAGGGUUGAAUAAAAUUUAUUUUGAAAAUAUUUGUGAAAUCCAGGAGAUUAGGAAGAUUUGUUUUAAGAUCUCACUUAUUCGUCAGAUGCAAACCCAACAAUUUGUUCAUCACACGCAAAUGAAACAACCCGAAAUUCAAGUUUUGAAAGAAGUUGAUAUUGAUGAUGCGUCAAAGUUGCCAAAUCAUGAUACCAAUACCAACGAUGUACAGUUUUCAGUUCUUAGAAGAAAUGUUGCAAAAAUUGCCAUGCAAACAGGGUUUGAAACUACCCAACCAGCAGCUAUAAACACAUUGACGCAAGUGGCUGAAAAAUAUCUUGGUAACUUGAUUAAGUCGUUGAAAUUGCAUAGUGAGACAGCUUCCGAGAACAGAUUAUCAAGUAGAGAUAUUUUGUUGUUGUCGUUGUUGGAAAAUGGUGUUGACAGACCUGAUGACUUGUAUACCUUCAUUCAAGAAAGAGUCAUCAAACAACAAGAUAAACUUAAAGAUUUACGUGUGAAGUUGUCGAAUUUCUUAAAAGAUUUACUUCGACCAGGGUUAGAGAAUUUCAAUGAAAAGAGUUUUGAUGAUAACAGUGAGCAAUUUGUCACAGGUGAUUUCUCGAAUGGAUUGGGUGACGAUUUCUUUGGGUUCAGAGAAUUGGGAUUGGAUAAAGAGUUCAAGAUGCUUACUUCAUCCAUUCCAAUAUAUUUGUUGCAUUCCCGUUUACAUAAUCAAUAUGCAACCAGUGGUGGGGCUUCCCAAAGAAACAAAUAUGAGGAUUUGCAAGAGUAUGAACCAGGUAAGAUCCAUGGCAAUGAAGUUGAAAAACAAAUUGGAUUAUUGGUUCCUUUCUAUAAGAAAUUAUAUGAAAGAUCACAAACUCAUUAUGUUAAACUGCAAAAGAAAAAGGGAGAGAAUAUGGAUUUGCCUCCUGAUAAUGUGUUUAUUUUGAUUGAAGAUGAAGAAUUGCCACAAAAGCAAAGAAAUAUUCGUCCUAAAAUGCCGCCUACUGGUAAGAUCACAUCUAUUAAGAAAAAGAUCAUUGCUAGUUCAUUCUUUUUACCUGAGGAAGAAGAUUUACUUAAGCAAGAACGAGAAAUAGCUGAAGCUGAGAAGAAAGCAGAACAAGAGAAGUUACAAGCCCAACAAGAGAAGUUACAAGCAGAACAAGAGCUCUUGAAACAACAAGAACAGGCAUCUUCAACCACAACAGAGACAACAACAACAACAACAGAAGGACAAGAAAAACCGGUAGAAGUUCUGGAGUCAGCUCAAUCAGUUCCCGAAUUUAAACUGGACUUGCCCGAGGAAUUGCCACAAAUUCCAGAAGAUAGUUCAUUGCUGUUGGAUAUAACUGGCAAGCAAAUCGAUAGUAUCGACUUUGAUAAUAUCGACGGAAGUAUACCAUUGAUGGAAGAAUUUAAUGAUGAAAGUUUAGGUACAAGUUUGGAUAUUAGUAGUAAAUUGGAAGAUUCAUUAUCGGCAAAUUUAGAUGACAUGACCCAAUAG